GGUACAUGCACAGCGUAUCGGACUCGUAAUUAGGCCACUUUGCCCGCAACGUUGAUGAGGAUUCGCGAUUUGUAUUCCACGGGCGGUCCUAGACGUGUGAGCGUACCUUUUAUCGCGAGUGUGUGACUUCCUUGAGCCAGCGACUAGUUUUUGACUAUCUAUCGGGCAGGACGACGAGCGUGCAGUGCGACCUAAGGAAUCACGGAACGAUCUCAGGGUGAAGCGCGGGUCUCUAAACUUAUUUUUCAAACUUCGUUCUCCGAGCGAAAGAUGCGAAAAACGGCUUUAAUCGCGCUGCAUGCGAUCGGUUUAUGCUUCGCUGCUUCCGUCGGCGAAUCCCAAGAAUCCCGGACACCGCCGUCGCCCCGUUUCGUCGGAGUAUUCGCCAAGGACUACGACCACAGUGAAAUAGGUCGCAAAAUGGACGCUUGGAAGCCGGAUGACACGCAGAAUCUUUGGGAACUGAGCGGUCUCUUCGAGGGUGACAUCAUGGUCCAUCCCGAGGGACGGGACAUCGCGAAAAACGGACUCCUGGAAGCCGAGGCGCGGUGGCCGCGUGGCGAGAUUCCCUACCACAUCCACGAGGAGGAUUUCGAUAAGGAGGGCGUCGAGGUGAUCAAGGGAGCGCUGGCCGAGUAUCACGAGAGAACUUGCCUGCGAUUCAGACCCUACGAGAAAUCCGACGAGGAUUACGUGUCGAUAAGGGGAACCGAGUCGGGAUGCUGGUCGAUGGUCGGUCGGCACGGACAGGGGCAAGUCCUAAAUGUUAAUAACCCGAAAUGCGUAAGGCAUGGGAUCGUGGUCCACGAGUUGAUGCACGCGCUCGGUUUCUACCAUCAGCAGAGCGCCGCGGACAGGGACGAUUGGGUCGAGAUACAUUGGGAUAAUAUCCAGGAAGGCAAGGAGCACAACUUCAAGAAAUACGACAACAAGACAGUAACCGACUUCGGAAUCCCCUAUGACUACAAGAGCAUCAUGCACUAUAGCUCGCACGCUUUUUCGAAGAACAAUCAGCCCACGAUCACACCAAUAAAGGAGGAGGUAAAGCUUGGCCAGCGCAAGGGAUUGACGAAGAAAGACAUCGCGAAAAUCGACCGCAUGUACGAAGAGGAAUGCAAAGCGCGCGAGUCUUCGGAGAGUUCAAGCGAAUCUGGUAGCACGAGCGAGUCUAGCGAAGAGAAAAAUAUACUUGGCUGGCUAUUCGACUGACUCUUGUGGGCUCUGUAGCUCAAAUUAGAGUAAUUCUGAUGGGCGAUUCUUUCAUACCGAAAGCAGGAAACAUGCGAGAAUAACGGAAGACAAUAAUUUCCACCGAUAGUAAAAUACCGAGGGCAUUCUAUUCAGAUUUGUGUAAAAAAAAAUAUAAAUAUCUUUUAAAUCAAA